GACUAGACAGACAACUCACACACUGUAGUUAUCGUGUAGUUGCUGGGAUUUAUGUCAGUGCUAAGAAACUUCAACCUGUUCAGAUAAAAAAAUUGACAAAUGUUACGUGAUGCGGGUGAAUGUGUGUUAAUAAGUUUUUAUGAGUUAAUUUUGUACACAAUCCAAGUUAUAUAACUAGUAUGUAAGUGUGUAAGAGUUAAGGAUUAAUAAACAGGGUUUUGUUGAUUUAUUUAUCUCACAAAUUUGAUAAAAAUGGCUUUAAAGAAAGUUCGAGGGACUAUGGAACGUAUGUUCGAUAAAAAUUUGACAGAUCUUGUUCGGGGAAUCAGAAACAACAAAGAUAAUGAGGCAAAGUACAUAGCCCAAUGUAUCGAAGAGAUUAAACAGGAACUAAGACAAGACAACCUUGCUGUUAAAGCCACUGCAGUGGCAAAGCUGACUUAUCUACAAAUGUUGGGUUACGAUAUGAGCUGGGCAGGCUUUAACAUCAUUGAGGUGAUGAGUUCCUCAAAGUUUACUUACAAGCGGAUCGGCUACCUAGCGUCUUCGCAGUGUUUCCACUCUGAUACUGAGCUGCUGAUGUUGACAACGAACAUGAUCCGCAAGGACCUGAACAGCCAGAACCAAUACGAUGCUGGUCUGGCCUUGUCCGCUCUCUCAUGCUUCAUCAGUCCUGACUUGGCUAGGGAUCUGGCUAAUGACAUAAUGACAUUGCUCACAUCAACAAAACCCUAUUUGCGUAAGAAAGCUGUGCUUAUGAUGUACAAAGUGUUCCUGAGAUUCCCUGAGGCUCUAAGACCAGCAUUCCCUCGACUGAAAGAAAAGCUGGAAGAUCCGGAUUCAGGAGUGCAGUCGGCAGCUGUCAAUGUUGUCUGUGAGUUGGCAAGGAAAAAUCCUAAAAAUUAUCUGAGUCUAGCUCCUGUCUUCUUCAAAUUGAUGACUACUUCCACAAACAACUGGAUGCUUAUCAAAAUUAUCAAGCUGUUUGGUGCGUUGACCCCAUUAGAACCUCGUCUUGGUAAGAAACUGAUAGAACCCCUCACCAACCUCAUCCACAGCACUUCGGCCAUGUCACUUCUGUACGAGUGCAUCAAUACAGUGAUUGCAGUGUUGAUCUCAAUCUCUUCAGGAAUGCCUAAUCACAGUGCCUCAAUCCAGCUCUGUGUGCAGAAGCUCAGAAUACUGAUUGAGGAUUCAGAUCAGAAUUUGAAGUACCUGGGACUGUUAGCAAUGUCCAAAAUACUCAAGUCUCACCCCAAGUCAGUUCAGUCCCACAAAGAUCUUGUAAUGCAGUGCCUUGAUGACAAAGAUGAAUCAAUCAGGCUUCGAGCUCUUGAUCUCCUCUAUGGAAUGGUUUCAAGGAAGACACUGAUAGAGAUUGUGAAGAAACUGAUGGUCCACAUGGAUAAAGCGGAAGGAACCUCUUAUAGAGAUGAGCUUUUAUCAAAGAUCAUUGACAUCUGCUCCCAGAACAACUACCAGUACAUCACCAAUUUUGAAUGGUACGUAAGCGUGCUGGUGGAACUGACUCGUAUGGAAGGCACACAACACGGACCCCUGGUUGCCACACAGAUGUUGGAUGUUGCCAUUCGAGUCCGUGCGAUUCGAGAGUACGCCGUGCAGCAAAUGGCCCUGCUGUUGGAGAAUGCCCAUCUUCUCACACAGCCUGGCUCCAAGAUGGCUGACGUCCUGUACGCUGCGGCAUGGAUAUCUGGAGAAUUCGCAAAGGAACUGACAGAUCCUGAAGGAACACUGCAGGCCAUGUUGAGUGGCAGAGUUACUGCUCUGCCAGGACACAUCCAGGCUGUGUAUGUACAAAACAUCCUCAAAGUCUUCUGUGUAGUUCUGAGCAGAGCGGAUUUGGAUGAGGCAAUUAAGCAAUGUGACAAAGUGAUUGAAGGCCUACAGCAGUAUGUGUGCAGUGCGGACCUAGAAGUCCAGGACAGGGCUAGCUCAGGAAUCCAGCUACUGCAAGUGGUACGCUCUCGUUUGCUCGAAGGUGAUGAUUUACCGACUAUUACAUCAAACGUGGCGGCUCUCUUCUCCGGGGAACUCAAUCCAGUUGCACCCAAGGCUCAGAAGAGAGUACAAGUACCUGAGGGUCUGGACCUUGAUGCUUGGAUAAAUGAACCACCCCCACCAUCAUCAGAAUCUGAAGAGGAGGAAGAGGCAGAAGUAACAAACCCCAUUGCUGACAUCUUCAUAAAGACAUCAUCUGAGCCCAAGAGCAAUCCUGAACCAACUGAGGAACAGCUUCAGAAAAUGAGGGAGGCGAGGAAGCUUGAACAGUCCAUGAAUCCACACUACCUUAAAAUGUACGAUGUUUCCCCCUACAUUCCCGUGGCUCCGAUUGAACUUGACGUUCCUCUCAAGCUUUCAGGUUUGAGCUAUCAAAACAAAAAAGCACAAAAGAAAAGUAAGAAACGAAAGAAGAAGAAGAAUUCGUGCCGUGCAGGAGAUUGGAGUUCGGAGGGGGAAGCAGUGGAAGAGGUGGUUCCUGUGGAGGUGAACAGAGGGCGGGGAGAGAUGCCAGAGGGGGCUCAGGAGUCAGACGGAGCAGACAGCGAUACCAGGGACCAGGACGAUCCUCACAGAGCCCUCGAUAUUAACCUGGAUGAGCCACUAAGGGAAGAAGAGAGGUUACCAGUUCUAGAGCACAGAUCUACACUCACCCCAGUAGCUCCCAAAACUAGACAUUCAAAGAAAAAAGAUAAGGAAGUGCCUUCAAUGUUAUUAUUAAAUGAUGAAUACCAAGAAGUUCCCUCCACAUCUAGUCAUAAGACUAAGAAAACCAAAUCGAAAAAGAAUGGAGAAAGAGUUGUAGAAAAGACAAAGAAACAAAAGCAUGGAUCCUCUCAAUCUAAAAAAGAGAAGAAGAGGCACAAAGGAGAAGAAGAAUUAGUUAAACUGAAAGAAGGUUAUGAAGAAGCGUUGGGGAUCUCAACACCCUCUAAAGAGAUAUUUUGUAUUACAAACAAACCACUUAUUUCAAGAUUGGCAUACAACAAAGUUUUAACUGUGGAUUACGAGGUUUGUUCCCAAGACAACCAGUGUGAUGGUGGAUCACUCGCAUCUGUGUGUCUAACCUUAGUGAACCACAGUGCAGCAGUGAUGAGAGACUUUGAAGUCAAUAUUUCUCCUUCAUCUAAUAUUGGGUUUGCUUCUGAGAAUGGUGAACAAAGCUCUAGUAGAAAAUUAAACAUUCAAAUCAGUGGAAACUCUUCUGUAAAUGCAAAACUUUACCUUGUAGUAACAGAUGUAACAAUUCCUCAUAAAAUCAGAGGCACAAUCACCUACAUUCAUCAGUUAGAAGAUGGAAGCUCGGUACAAGACAAAAUGGACUUCUGGCUGCAUGUCGGUGUCACAGCUUUUCUGACUGACAAUAAAAUAGAUUUGGAUACUUACUCCAGCCUGCUCUCUAGUGGUGAACUGUCUCACCAACAAGCUGUGGUCCUCAGGCCUGUGGUAGCCAGGGACUUUUCUCAGAUGCUGAGUGCGGUGUGCACCAAGUGUCGGCUGACGGUGGUAGAGCAGAUGGAUCAGACCGCCUCACUGUACACUCGCUCCACGACGGGGCACCAAGUCUGCCUGCUCGUCAAGUCGGAGCCCACCCAGGUGUCUGUCCAGGCCAAGAGCUCCUCACCCUCCCUCCUGCAGGCGCUGCUGGCCGACAUCCAAGCGCUGUUCUCCACCUGACCAUAAUACCCGACUUGCCUUCAUUGUUCAGGAUCAAUUCAGUUAUGUUCCGAUCGCCGGGUCAGCACUGGUGAGAUUGCGUCCAGGUGAAACAGUGUAAACCUUAUCUUUAUGCAAUGAGUAAGAGUGUAUUUUUCCAUGCGGUUUUUUCUUCCAUGCCUACUAAUUAAUCAAUUUUCUGUACCCGAAAGACUUAUUUAGCUUUGUUAGUUAAGUUAGCUAGGGGAUGGAUUUCAAUGUAAUCCCUUAUUUAUAUAUAUAUGUUUCCUUUUUUAUAUAUUAAAGUUUUUUUUUAUCUCCAAAUAUUAUAAGGGUAUUUAAUAUUUAGUACUUUUUUAUUUACAAGUGUACCAUAGUUAGAUAAACUGCCGAUACAAUGACAUCCUAGGAGAAUUAUGCCAGAGUUUGUUAUUUAUUUGGGAUAUAGUAUUGCAAGAAAAUGUUUUAAUAAAGUUUACAAAGAAAAUAUAAAUAUACAAAUAAUUUAAAUGAAGAAAAAUUUUAAGUUAAUCCUUUUUAGGGUGUUAUUUUGUGUUUACCAGACAGCCAAAGUUUCUUUUAACUUUCAAUCAGAACCUCUUUCGGAUUGGUAAAUCUAUUUAUCCAAAACAAACAGGGUAACACUAAUAACUAUUCUUAAGUCACACAGAUACUCUCUUCUUUGUUCUAGCACUCGUUUAUUAUUUUCCUACAUGGAAUUUAUUAUUUUGUGAUUAUAGUAAAUUAUUGAGUUUUAGUUUAGUGAUGCAGAUUUAAUUAUUGUGUGGAUGAAUUACUUGGCUCCUGAUAUGACAGCAGGCUUGGACUAAUAAAAAAGGUUCACCAGUUCAGUUUGGUCGUUGGCUAAAGCUCGGGACUCCCUCGUCACAUGUCUUCGAACUAGCUGAAGCUUUUUGGAUGGUUGAUGCAAAAUCAUAGAACUAACAAUAAUUAACGCAUAUUAAUUAGAUACAAGCCAAGUGCAAUAAACUUUCAUUAUGAUGAGGGCUGUGAUUAUAUAAAGAAAAAUAAUAUUUUUUCACAGUCUGUUUGAAAUAACAUUAAUUUUAUAUGUUGCACUGAAUUGGAUAUUCGGGAUUGAGCUUUAUUGGUAGUAACUAACUAAACCUUAGUACGUUGGUUUUUAUUAAAAUUUUGUUUCUAAACCUUUAUAACAUUUUCCUAGAUAAGAUCAAGUUUUGAAAUAAGUAGAUUUGUUUAAAAGCUCUGUUGGAGAUUUACAAUCGUAUGGCAUUCUGAAAACGUUUUCCGAUAGUAUGUAAACACAAACUAUUCAUUCCUAGAGUAGCAUUUUAAUCUUUUUUUAUAUCGUAGUUUUAAAAUAUCACUUCUUUUAUGAGCAACAAGGUUUUUAUGGAAUGUAAAUCAGAUGUUUUUUAAGAUGAGAUGUGAUAUUUCUUGCUUACCAAUACUUGAAUGAACCAAUAUUGAUUAUUCCAUCCUAAACUGUUCAGAAUUGUUCUUGUUGUAAGAUCCAUAUUAAAAAAAAAGGAAAGAUUUCUGUGUGAGACAGCAUUAGCAGUCAAAUAUGUGUAAGUUUGUUUGUAUUAUAAAACCAGAAAUAGACUAACAAAAUAAAACAAGACAAAUAAAUUUAUACACCCAACAGACUAGCAAAUGUUCCAUAACCAUUAGUUUGCUAGAUACUGCAUAAAGAGAUUUACCUGGAUUUAUAACUAAACUAUCUCAUAGCAAUUCAUAAAUGUAAAUUAUUUAAGCAUUAUUAAUCUGUUGUACUAUAAAUUUAGUAUAUUUUGUUUACGAAUAUAUUAGUAUUUAAUCAUAAAGAUGAUUAUUAAAUUAUUAAUGUAAUAAUCUAAGUUUUCAAUACAAGAAACCACGUACUUUCAGUAAUCUUUGGUGUCAUUUAUACAUUCAAUCACAAGUUGUUAAUUGUUUCAUUUCUUAUAAUCAUUGGUAAAAUUCACAUUGUGUUCUAUUCAAUUAUGAGAUUGUUAUAUAAUAUAUUAAAUAUUCUUUUGUUUUAUA